UUCAGGUAGGUCUUGAAGGCUACAUCUCGUGGUAUAUAAGGGAGCUCCUCCACCAGACAAGCAUCAUCAUCCCCGACGCCUCACCACACACCAACAUGCAGCUCGUACUCCUCGCCUGCCUGGCCGCCGUGGCCAUCGCCGCCCCUCAGCCCCAGGAUUUGCCGCCUGUAGCGAUCCUCCGUGACGACCGUGUCGACAAUGGUGACGGCAGCUUCCAAUAUGCCUUCGAAGCCGACAACGGCAUCGCCGUGGAAGCCUCCGGCACCCCUGGCAGCCAAGGACAGAGCAACAUACAGGGCGUCUUCAGGUUCCCUCUCUCCGACGGCAGCAUCGCUGAGGUCCGCUACAUCGCUGACGAGAACGGCUUCCAGCCCGAGUCCCCCCUGCUGCCCACUCCCCACCCCCUCCCCGCCCACGUCGAAGAACUUCUCCGCAUCGCCGAGAGGCAGCGUGCUGAGGGCAUCACCUUUGAGUAACACCAAACUAGGCGGAAACACAUUGACGAACCAACAACUGAAGAUGGACGCCGACUAAACACACAUGAUGGAUGUAAUUUCUCAAGACAUAUAACAAGGAGUGUAACUUACAUAUAUAAUAAAAUCAAGAAUAUAAA